AUGCCUGUGAAAGAAAUAUUCUACAGUGAAACAUAUAAAGAUGAUACUUAUGAAUAUCGACAUGUGAUUUUGCCGCCUGAACAAGCACAAUUAGUACCGAGAACGCAUUUAUUAACAGAAACUGAAUGGCGGAAUUUAGGUUUACAAAUGUCGGCAGGGUGGGUGCAUUUUAUGCUGCAUAAUCCAGAACCACAUGUUUUACUCUUCCGUCGUCCAUUGAAAUCCAAAUGA